UCAUAGAUAAAACUAACACAAAAAAACUAGAGAAUAUGGAUGCUUCAUCUUUAACCAGUUCAAGUCUAAGCAUUUCAAAUUCAAAGCCAUUUUUUCAUUAUCUUCCACAACAAAGACCAUGUCACGUGCACUUUGCAGUUUCAUGCAGAGUAAAGAGUAUGGAGCAAACAAGGAAUGGAUCAAAUUUCUACAAAAUGUUAUCCGUGAAUCCGAAAAGUGCAACAAUGGAAGAGAUAAAGAGAGCUUAUAGAUCAAUGGCACUUCAAUAUCAUCCCGAUGUGUGCCAUGAUCCUUCGAUGAAAGAGGAAUCAACUAGAAUGUUUGUUCGGUUAAACGCGGCUUAUGAAACUUUGUCAAAUCCUAUGCUUCGUGAACAAUAUGAUAGUGAGUUGGGCUUGAGAAGUAGGAUGAUGAAUAAUGAUGUUGUUGCUGAAGAGAUUUGGAGAAGUAGGUGGCAAGAACAAGUGGUUGAGUUGAAGAAAAGGUCUAGUAGACGUAUGGGACAAAAUGGGAGGUCUUGGGGUAGCAGAAUGAGGACACAAAACAUGAAAGAUAGGAACUAAUUAAUUGGAAAAUAGUUCAUGUGUAAUAGAUUUAACUAUGAUUCUUUUUAUUGGAUAGAUUUAAUCUCUUAAUAACAAUAAUGAUUUUUAUUGGAUAUUGAUCUCGUCGAGACCGUUAUGUUUGUGAAUGUAGUAGUGGAUAUUGAUGAAGUAGUGGAUGCAUGUUUUCUAGAAGAGGAAUGCUAGAAACAUGAAUAAUGUAAUAAUGAAAUUAUUGGUUCAUUGAAGAGUGUAACUCUUGUAUCAUUACAAAAUAUUAUUUACGUGUAAUUUAUUCAAACAAAUGAAUAUAUAAA